AUGAUACCCCGAUUAGCUCUACGGAGGCCCCUGCCUGGCCCAAUUAUCUCCUUUUAUGCCUCGUCGCCUCGCUUCUUCUCCGCAACCGUCCCUGUAAAGACAGGCGGCGCCACCACCCCGGAGAACCUCGGGACUAGACCCCAUACUAUCGAUCCGCGAUGGCUCACCAUGAUGAAGCGGCGAAUCGGACGGUGCAUGAUGUUUGGUCUCAAACCAAAUCAAAUUGACGAUGCCGGCAAGCUUUUGCAGCAAUUGGCUCGGGACUGGCGCGAAUUGAUCGCAGGCAGUGAGGGAUUCUUGACCGACGAGAGGAGGCGGAGCUUGUAUCGACACAACGUGGUCUGGGGAGAGAUGGAUGUCAUGGGUCAUGUCAACAAUGUCACCUAUGUCCGAUACGCCGAAACCGCCCGGGUGAAUUGGACACGCAAUAUUGGCAUCCACAUCGACCCCGCAAACAAAAGUGAAUGGAUCAACCUGCUCAACUCCACAGGAAUUGGGCUUAUCUUGCGAAGCAUUAAAGUUGAUUAUAAGUUUCCCAUGACAUGGCCAGACAAGAUUACUGUGUACCAAAAACUCGUUCCUGAUCCAUCAUCAGCUCUAUCAUCCCAGUCCGCAUUUCAGCUACAAGUAAUGAUUCUGUCAGAAGCUCGUCAGCGCCCCGCGGCUCGUUGCCAUGAGGACAUUGUCACCUAUGACUAUAAGAAGAACCGCAAGACUCCAGAGCUACCACCAUUUAUCUUUGAUCAAUUCAAGACUAUUUGGGAACUGCAGGAAAAAGCACAGAAAGAUUGGCAAGACCGCAUUUUGGAAAUUGAGAGCGGUGUACGGACCCUGGAGGUUCAGAGUUGGGACCGUCCAGAUGCGGUUGAGGAUACAGGAUCAGCAUCAUAA